AUGGGCAGCCAAACGACCGUAUUGCAACGUUUGAGACGGCUAUUAGCCAAGCGCCAGAGCGAGGAAGGCACACAACCUACAGACGGUUCGGUGGCGGUCAUAUCCAACUCUCGGGCAUCGUCUGAUGAACGUAGCACUGGGUCACGAGAAGCUUCACCAGAGGAACCCGCAGCACCUGAGCCAGCAGCAAACUCGUCAAACACAUCGCUAGAGCUGCGACGCAGGGUUAGUUUUGGGUCUUUGAGCUCUCGUGAUGUCGCCACAUCGACGGCUGCGACGGAAGAAACUAGCGAACAGCGUGAUACUACAAUUGUAUCGUCUUCGCCCACGCCUGCAGCGAGCCUCAAUGGAAACGCAGUUGUCAGAAUGGACCCCAAGGUAUAUCUUUUGCGCAACAAACACACUGACGCCGCCAGUAUCUUGACAAUCGCAUCGUCGUCGAAACGGCGGAGGAGGCGGUCUCUUGAUACGAACGCUUCAACAAGGGCAAUGGCAGCUGAAAGUAUGUUUAGUUCUGAUGCUGGCAGUGUUACCUCAAAUUAG